CCAAAGAGCCUACCCGUAGAUGAGUCAAAACAUGGCGACCCCCUCAUAAGCCACGCUGGUGUUUUGCUAGUUAUCGUUCAAGUUUUACGGAAGUGAAUAUCAAAUAAUUUGUAAUCAUGUCGGGUCGACACAACAACAAAUUGCCAAAUAAUCUUCCACAAUUGCAAAACCUUAUCAAGAGAGAUCCUCAAUCAUACACUGAAGAGUUCCUGCAACAGUACCGACAUUAUCAGUCCAAUGUGCAGAUUUUCAAGCUACAGCCUGACAAGCCAAAUAAAGAGCUUGGAGACCUGGUCAUGUUUCUGGCUCAGGUCGGGCACUGCUAUCUGCAGCAGCUCUCCACGUUCCCCCAGGAGUUGACAGAGUUGCUUCUGAGCCAUCACACGGUCUUAGAAUCAGACUUACGAAUGACCUUCUGCAAAGCCCUGAUUCUCCUGAGGAACAAAAAUCUCAUCAACCCCACAGGUCUUCUGGAAUUGUUCUUUGAAUUGCUGCGAUGUCAUGACAAGCUCCUAAGGAAGACAUUGUACACACAUAUUGUGGCUGACAUCAAAAACAUCAACGCCAAGCACAAAAACAACAAAGCCAACACGAUGUUACAGAACUUCAUGUACACCAUGCUGAGAGACAGUAAUCCCAUUGCAGCCAAGAUCUCUCUUGAUGUGAUGGUGGAACUGUAUAAGAGGAACAUAUGGAAUGAUGCCAAAACUGUUAAUGUCAUCACGACUGCGUGUUUCUCUAAAGUUACAAAGAUCCUUGUAGCAGGCAUGAAGUUCUUCCUGGGUAAAGAUGAGGAUGAGAAGAAUGACAGUGGCUCAGAGUCCGAGGCAAAGGGGCCGUCGGCUAGAGACUUGAUGGUGAGAUAUUCCACAAACAAGAAAACCCCCAAGUCCAAGAAGAAAAUGGAGAAGGCCAUGAAAGUCCUCAAGAAACACAAAAAAAAGAAGAAGGUUGAGGUGUUCAACUUCUCAGCCAUCCAUCUGAUCCAUGAUCCACAAGAUUUUGCGGAGAAGCUUUUAAAGCAAUUGGAGGACUCCAAAGAGCGCUUUGAGGUGAAGAUCAUGAUGAUGGACCUGAUAUCUCGACUGGUCGGUAUUCAUGAGCUCUUCCUCUUCAACUACUACCCAUUUGUCCAACGGUUUAUUCAGCCCCAUCAGAGAGAGGUGACCAAGAUCCUUCUGUGUGCAGCGCAGUCCUCUCACCAGCUAGUCCCUCCUGAGAUCAUUGAGCCUGUGAUCAUGACCAUCGCUAAUAACUUUGUGACGGACAGAAACUCAGGCGAGGUGAUGACCGUUGGCCUCAACGCCAUCAAGGAGGUUGCAGCUCGCUGCCCCCUCUCUAUAACAGAGGACCUCCUCCAGGAUCUGGUCCAGUACAAGACUCACAAAGAUAAGAAUGUGAUGAUGUCAGCCAGAGGACUGAUUCAACUGUUCAGGAAUCUGAACCCACAAAUGCUGCAUAAGAAAGACAGGGGGAGGCCAACAGAGUCGUCAGUGGAGGCCAGGAUCCAGGACUACGGGGAGAUGGAGUCCAAGGACUACAUCCCAGGAGCUGAGGUCCUAGAAGUAGAGGAGGACCAGGAAGCGGAUGAGGAUGAGGAAGGGUGGGAGAGUGCCAGUAUAAGUGAUGGUGGUGAAGAUGGCGAGUGGGUGGAUGUGCACCAUUCCUCAGACGAGGGCGCUGGAGAAAUGGCCGAGAAGCUCCAAAGCAUGCCUGUGGAGGAGAGGAAGGCCAAGGCCAAGGCUGUCAGCUCCAGUCGAGUCCUCACCCAGGAUGAUUUCAAGAAGAUCCGCCUGGCCCAGAUGGCUAAGGAGCUGACCGGUGCCCCGGGCAAGGCUCAGAAGAGGAAGAUGGUGGAUAGUGAUGACGAGGGGGACAACAGAGGGGAGCUUCUGACCUUGAGAAACAUUGAGAAACUGCACAAGAAACCUAAGGCAGACAAGGAAACACGCCUGGCAACGGCAAUGGCUGGCAGGUCAGACAGGAAAGAGUUUGUGCAUAAGAGGACAAAGCUCAACCCGUUUGCCAGCACCAGCAACAAGGAGAAGAAGAGGAACAAGAACUUCAUGAUGAUGAGGCAUAGUCAGAACGUCAGGACCAAGGGGAAGCGCUCCUUCAGGGACAAACAGAUUGCUCUAAGAGAUGCCCUAGUGAAGAGAAGUAAGGUCCAUAAGUAACAUCUCUGGAGUGAAAGGUUCUUUCCUUACCCAGCAUCAUCAAGAUCUUGUGAAAUGGGACUUUACUUUGUAUAAAAACAAAUGGCUGCCUUAAAUUGGGCAAUGAAGUUUUCUUUGUAAUGUGGGGUGUAACAUCUGUAUUUGUGUAUAGGUAGGCUAUAGUGCCAUCUAUUAAAAUAUAAUUAACUUCA